AUGGGGGCGUGCUGCAGCGUCCCGGUGACCGGGGAUGGGACCACGGAGACGGACAAUCGCGUGAGACGGGAGCGGACGGAGAACUCGCUGUUCUGGAACGACGACAGGCUGAUCGUCUACGGCAUCCUCGCUCGCGCGGACGCGAAGAACAGGAACGGCCGCGUCUACCCGAGGUCCCUCCUCAAGCGCGAGACCGUGGCGUUCGAGAACGCGCACUUGCGGCACGACCGCGCGCUCGGCGAGCUCGACCACCCGCCGCCGACGUCGCCCACGUUUCGCUCGCUGAAUCGCGAAAACAUCUCGCACCAAGUCUUGGACUACCACUGGGAGGGCGAAGACCUCAUGGGGCACGUCGAGGUGUUGCCCACGAAAUCCGGGAACAUGCUGCGGUCGCUGUACUUGGCCGGGCACCAGCUCGGGAUGAGCUCGCGCGGGUGGGCGACGCUGAAAGAGCGCGAGGGGUUCACGUACCUGGACAGCGACUUCGAGCUCAUCACGUUCGACUUCGUGUCCGACCCGUCCACGGAGGGCGCGUUCUUGCGCCCGCUGCAGCGCCGGUACGAGAAACUCAAGCCGCAGAUCGACAUCGACGAGAAGUUCGAGUCGUUCAUACGGUUCUGCGCGGACGUGAACGAGCACGGCGCCGCGCCCGCGCGGGUGAAAGGCGACGAGGCGCACUUGCCGCGGGGGAGGAACGCGCCGGCGAUGAGCGCGUCGUCGUCGUCGUCGGCGGCGGCGAUGCGCGCGGGAUCGGUCCCGAAAGAGCUGCCGCCCGUGCCCGGCGCGGUCGCGAUCGCGUGCGAGGAGACGGGCGGCGAGGUUUUGAUGACCGGGAGAGAGUUCAUGGACGAGACCGCGUGGGACGAGGAGAGUUACUACGAGAGCGAGGAGGAGGAGUGGAUGCCGAGCCCGACGCCGCAGGAGCUCAGGGCGAAGGAGGCGGCGGCGGCGGCGAGAGGGGGGUGGUGGGGGAGGAAGAAAAAGAACAAGGUGGUUCCGUUGAAGCCGACCUUAUCCUUGCGGGAUAGCUUCGAUCGGCUGCCGAAGCACCGUUAG